AUGGCCACCGGUGGGGCGGUCGCUGACCGGCCGUUCCGGCCACGCGGCGACUGGGCCGGCAUCAAAAUCAUCGGGACGCGAAAGGACGAGGAGGAAGCGCUCCGGUUCCACGCCAAACGCGUAGCUCUGCGCAAGCAGGUCGCGCAGCUUCGCGAGGAGGCGCGGUCUGCGGGCGCGAGCGCCGCGAACGCGCAGCUGCAGCAGGGCAGUGCGCGGAACACUGCAGCGCUGCACCGCCGCCACCUGCGGGAGAUCGAACGCGACAUGGUGAACGCCGCGGCGCACUUCCGCGCCGCGCAGGCCAUCGCGUCGGCGUAUCCGGCCGAAAAGAAGAGCGAGGGCGACCUCCUCGUCGCGCGGUACGCGCGCGACGUGCGGCUGCUCGAGGACCACGCGGACUACCUCCGUGCGCAGCUGGAGGUGGUGGACGGGCAGGACAGGGCUGAGACGGAGCGGCGGCAGGCGCUGCAGGCGCGCGCGGACGCCGCGGCCGCGCAGCUCGCGGUGGCGCGCGAGCAGCUGCGCCUCGCGGGAGAGGGCUUCCGGCGGGAGGCGUGCUGGCGGGUGCUGUGGCGGGAGGGCUGGCCUGGGCCGCGCGGGGGGGGCAUGUGUGGCGAGCAGUGCACCUGUCAGGGCAGACGGGCGCGCUGA